AAGGCAACUCUGGGAAACAAAAGGGAGGAUGUGAAGGGAGGCGAGCACCAAUGGGAGAAGAGCAGCACCGACCGAAGUGCGAGCCGGUGCACAUGCGGGACGCCGAAAAAGGCCCUUGAGUAGAAACGUAGAGCAGAAUAAAAAGUCGGAGGGUAGAGAUGUCUGGGAAUGAGGGCUGCCGUUGCAGAUUUUCAAGGGAUGGCGUGGGCUGCCGAGUCCGAGGCUGAUGUAAAAUAGAAGACAUGAAGCGAGCGGGACUCACCAUAGCCCACGUCAAUGUCGGAGGAGAAGGAAGCUGCACCCCGCGUUUGAGGACUUUGAUUCGAGCAUCCGCAACAUCUCUCUGAGAAUCAUUGUGCGAGCUCCCAUUGGCUUGGCCCGGAGGAGGUCUCGGAGCUUUGGACCGUGGAACCAACCACGUGCUCGUCUUGCGCCGCUGCGGUGGAGCCGAGGGUCUAGUGGCGAAUGGUGCCGUGACUUUUGAGCCCCAGCUCCAUACCCCACAGAAGCUGGAGAACGGCCUUGGUGAUGUUUUUUAAAUGGCUGGAAAUCUGCGCGAACGCCACUCUGUAGUUGUUUUGCGUGCCAAUGGAAUGCAACGCCGCAAUGACUGCGAAUAGAGAUUGAUUGAUUGAUCGAUCGAAGGACGGAAGUUUGUCAAGCGGGGAAGGUGAGAGGAAGGUAAGGGGAGAGAAGUUGGAGGAGGACGAAAGUCAGGAGGAGGAGGAGGAGGAGGAGAAGGGAUAUGGCCGAUGGGCAAGUUUUGCUGAGGAAGCUGCCUCUGAGUCAGGAAAUUGGAAAUCCACAUGUAUGCCAUGGCAGAGGGUUAGGGAAGUGCUGGCAACAGGGCAGGAAGGUUGCGGUAGUGAGAGUGCAUUUUGGGAGUAGGAGGAGAUGGUCUUCUUCCUCUUCUUCUUCUUGCUGGAGGGCGGCAGCUGAAUCCUACUGCGGGGAGACAUCACAAGAUCACAAGCAAUUUCAAUCUUACUCCAUCCCUUCGGAGAAUUGGCGCGGCAAGGUGCGCAGCAAGGCGAGCAUGGACAUUCCUUUUGUCAAUGGUAGUAGCAAAUACUUGAAUCAUCCUGUUCUUCCCCAGCCUCAGGUGAACGGCGACCAAGAGCAGGAUCCUCAUACCUCUGCUGACAGCCUGUCUUCUCUCGCUUAUUCUUUGCGGCCCAAGAGGAUCAUUCUCGUCAGGCAUGGCCAAAGUGAAGGGAACGUGGAUGAGAGCGCCUACACGAGAAUCCCCGAUUCGAAGAUUGCUUUGACAGAAGAAGGUUGGAAUCAGGCCAUCUCCUGUGGGAAGAAGAUGCGGACGAUGAUAGAGAGUGAUGAAGGAGACGAUUGGAAGGUUUAUUUUUAUGUCUCCCCUUAUAAACGUACACUCCAAACUCUGCGGGGCAUCGGACUGGCCUUUGAACGAGAAAGAAUUGCCGGAGUUCGAGAGGAGCCUCGUCUUCGAGAACAGGACUUUGGUAAUUUUCAGGAUAGAGAAAAAAUGCGGGUGGAGAAAGCUGUACGAUUAAGAUAUGGACGAUUUUUCUACCGCUUUCCUAAUGGUGAAUCUGCAGCAGAUGUGUAUGACAGAAUAACAGGUUUCAGAGAAACUCUACGAGCCGAUAUAGAUGUCGGUAGAUUCCAACGCCCUGAAGCAAGGGUGAAGAACAUGAACCUUGUUCUAGUAUCUCAUGGUUUGACACUACGCGUCUUUUUAAUGAGAUGGUACAAGUGGACUGUCCAACAGUUCGAAGGCUUGUGGAACUUCGGAAAUACUGGUAUGAUGGUCAUGGAGCUCGGCCCUGGAGGCAGGUAUAGCUUGAGCAUGCACCAUACGCAUGACGAGCUGAGAGCGUUUGGUAUGACAGAAGAAAUGAUAGCCGAUCAAGAAUGGCAAAAACUGGCAAAGCCAGGAGAAUUGAACUACGAUUGGUUAACUUCUGGAUCGUCCUUCUUUACCCACUUUGAUGAUCUUGAGAAAGGAAUCAAUCUUGAAGAAAUUCCACCGGAUAUUGUUCGCAGUUCUCUCGAAUCUGGUCUGCAUCACCCCCAAGGUUUUGAGAUGUAGUUUGGACGUGUAGUAUAAAUUUCAUGAAUAUAAUCCCUCUACAUCAUUUAAUUUUGUUCGGACCAAUUCCCAGUCGGCCUUCCUGGUCAAGUAAAUGUAGGAUAUAGUCUUGUUUAUUCAAGAUUACUCAAAACUCAAGGACAUCAACAACAAUAGCAGCAGCAUGGCUGAUGGAUAUGUAAGAUAGAAGGCAUCAGCACAUCAGGGGUGUAUUUGAGUGGCAGCACCCCGCCUCUCAGCCCCCAUGUAAAGUAGAGGAUUUGAUAUCCACAAUUCAUUAUCAGCUCAUUUAACGAUCGACAAUGUAAAUUUUGUUCAUUGAGUGAGGAAACUAUCGCAUUGGCGACGGUGAGUAGAUUACUUUUCUCUUGCAGCAGGUCAGACAACAUCUUAGCUUACGUUUUAUAUCUUCAUACCUCUGUAAUCGUAUGAACAUAUGAAAAGAGGAAUUUUCUUUACUGCC